AUGUCCGCAACCGGUAAAAUGCUAGGCUCAAGCAGCAGCUUCUCCACCCGAAUCUCACUAAGAUGGGUCCCCGAAAUCCCCGAAGAAACAACUGACACAAUCGUUCUAUCGGUGGGAGGGUGGUUCGUCGAUCUCCGAAUGGAUAAGGCAUCAGGCCAGAUUGAUUGGGCGAUGGCCGGGACUCGGGUUGAGGAGAAUCCUAACCAAAUACCAGUGAAAACGCUGUUCACCCGCGAACUGGACUCUCUCAAUGAGAUUGGUAUUGUGGAUGUUGGAAAUUUCAGUCCAUUGCCUAAUGGCGAUGAUCUUGAAUGCGGCGAGAUGCCUCGUGCUGAUCUUCCCGGUGCACCGAUGACAGGGUUUGAGGAGGUGUGGAGGGAAUUGCCGUUCCGGGAGGGUCCUGAGGGUGCUAAGAGGGGUAUUUCGUGGAUUCUGGAGUCCGAUGAUCCUAUGGAGUUUAGGGAGGGAGAGGAGAUCAGUGUUACUAAGAUGUUUUUGGGCCGGAUUUGGGGAACGUAUCUGGCGUUCCGGCAGGUUCAAACUCAUACCCGUCAGAAGGAGGGUGGAGAGCUGGUUGUCAAGAGGACCGGGGCGGAGGUUAGUGCGCGGAGGGAAGAGUGGAGUUCUGGGUCUUGGGAGGAGAAGUAUCUGGUGGGGCCUGAUGGGGGUGCUGUGCCAUCUAUGAGUGGGUUUGAUGUGGAAGAGAAGGGUUGGAAGGUUGGAGAGCGCGUGGUGAUUGACCAAAGAUCUUACAUUGUUCGGGCUUUCGAGGAGAUUCAAUAA